GUAACGGACUUGGAAGGGUCCACUGUGUUCUGUAAUGGUUUCCGAUAUUUCUGUGUCUAUAUAUAUACACAGUACUUACUAUAUUAAAUGCUUGUUGCUCAACAAAGAAAAGAAGAGAGAGAAAGUGUAGAGAGAGAGAGGGGGAGGAGUGAGAGUCGGCGCUUUCCUCCAUUGCACACAUCUCAAGCACCACUCUAAUUUAUAGAGCAUCUAUGUUUAUGGGUAUAUAUGUAUAUGGGCGUGAAAUUGAUCUCUUGUAACGGUUGUUUUUGAUGGUGUAGUGGAGGAGGAGAGGGUUGUGAUCCUCGUUUUCUGCUUUGGAGAUUGGGGAUAAUACCCAAAUGGAUUACAACAAUGACAAUGAGAUGUGGGAUUGGCAGGGAGAGGAUUAUUGUCUCCCGAAGGGUACAACUAAUCUUGACAUGUCUCAAUGCAUAUGGGAUGGAGUGAGCCAGAAUGGAGACCUUUCCUACAUAUUUGAUGAAACUACCCCGAUUAAGGAGUGUGGGGAUAUGGCUUACCAUGUUACUGACAGUGAAAACAUGAACAAGGAGUCAGGACAAUGCAGGGAAACUUCUUCACAAAUAAAGAGGCGCCGAAUGCUACAGUUUGACGACCAAAUCUUGGAUAUUCCCAUUUGCAAUGAGGAGAUGUCGUCCACGUUCUUAAAAUCAAAGGAGAGGGAUGAUUCAAUUGAAGGGGCUUUAUCUGAUAUGUCGCAGUGGGUUUCAGGGUUUGCAGAAGAGGUAUCUGCAUCUGGUUACAAGGGCCCGGAUCAGUCAUCUGAGGGGUGGCUGGAUUGCUUGAAUGAUGCUGAGAUGCAAUUCAGCCCUGAUGAUAUGAAUCUGUCUGAGGCAUCCGAUGUUCAAAUUGACAUUACAGAGUUCUGCAACAACACAACUGAAUAUGAUGCUAAUAUGGUCCAGGAACGUCCCUCUCGAACUCGACGAAAUGGCGUUUUUAAAGGUAGGAAGUCAUACAUUCGAACUCCCACAAAGUUGGCUUCUUCUGUUGCCUAUCCCUUUGCCUUCGUUAAACCAUGUGGUGUCCAUGGAGAUGUAACCUUAAAGGACAUAAACCAGAAGAUACGCACUCCACCACCAUCAACAUUGAAGCAAAGUAAAGAAGAUCCAUCUUCUUUUCCCACGUCAGCAUUUUCUGGGAAGCCUGUCGUUGGUAAAACUAAAAUUCGCACCGAAGGAGGAAAAGGCUGCAUCACAAUCAUGAGAACAAAAGGCUGAGUAGAUUAGUGCCCCUUAAAUUUUCCUUUUUGUUGCUUUGCUCCAUUACUUUUGAGGUCGAGUUUCUAUGUAUCAUCCUGGGGCCACCUAAUAUAGAAGUUACUGCUUCAUUGUUAGGUCGGUGUUAUUCUUAGGAGUUUAUUGUUAAUCAUGUGAAAUGUUCAUAUUUCCUGGUGGUUUUCUAGGUAAGAAAUACUUGUUGUUUUGUUGGGACUGAUUCAGAAAUACCUGAUUCCAAUGAGGACCUUGCGUCUGAGAGAUCCUCCUACCUUCUUUUGUCUUUAGAAAAACUUUGUUAAUGCUUUUGCCUAAUUUCUUUAAUGCAAAGCCUGUGUUUUAUUGGUA